CGCCAUCAUCACCACCAUCAUCAUCAUACUAUCGUACUGACUUGGUCCGUCUGUCUGUCUGUACAUGUGUAUGACUACUGGGAAUUAGUGGUAAAAUCCCUAAUGAUGGGACGGAUGAACGAGGAUGACUGAUGUCGUUCGUGCCCCGCGCGUGCGCUCGCCUCUGCGCACGAGAGAGCACGGGACUUUGUUUGCCCUCUCAUCCCUCUUCCCUUUACUGUUUACUUUACAUACAGGUCCUACAGGCUCCCUACGGGCUUCCGAGGUCUACCUCCAUUACACGCUUGCUGUAGAAUCCUUAUUCUCGGUAGUUGUUCGAUUUUAUUCUAUAUUUCCCCCAAGUCAUAUAACUUGGCGGCCAUAUGCCAUGCCACCAGCAAGCAGCCCGACUGUUGUAACUGUUCUGGGCCCGCUCACUGAAACCGUCGCCCUUGUACUUUUUGAUUCGGGCCCCAUGUUCCAAUUGCAAGCCAAGGUGCUACUCUACUAGGCAUCUGACUAGGAACCAGCUUGCAAUGUCUGCAACUUGAGACCUUAGUCUUUAUCCCCCCCUUCCUCCCUUCCCCCUUUCCAUUCCAAUUCGAAGCUUGCAUUACGAAUUAGCCCCCUCCCCCGGCAAU